GGCGUACAAGGAAAACCAUGUAAGUCCACUUUUUCGUAAAAUCGUUUUUUCACAUUACUAAGUCCAUUUAGGUAUAACCUCUCAUAUUAAAUAUCAUUUAAAUCCAAUACAGUUCAAAUAUACGAGAUAUUAUUAGCUUCAAAAUAACUAAGUCCACAGACACUAAAUUUCGCUCAGAAAAAUCUAUUAAGUGCACUUAAUGGAUUUAUGAAUUUUUUAACACUCUGCAAAAAUCCAUUAAGUCCAAAACGAGGUCCAAAAUGAGGUUAGAAAAACAAUUGUUGUGACCUGUUAGUUAUCGCCACGCUUCGAUAGAGACCGGGUCGGUAUUUCGUUUAGCGCUGUUUUUCAGUGUUACUAAAGCAGUAAAAUGGGUUCUAGAAUAAAGAAAAUAAUGUUGGCUUAUGAAAAAGUAAAAGAGAAUUGUGAAAAUAAAGACUUUGAAAUUUCUCGGAUUUUUAUCAAUAAUAAAAAAACACUACCACCAAGUUAUUCUGGAGAGAUAAAGAUUGCAGGUGAGUACUUAUGAUAUGUUAAAAUCUUGAAUCUAAACAUAAAAUAAUAUAUUUUAAAUUAUUGUGAAUGUGAAUGUGUUAUUAACGAAAUGUUUUCGUUCAACUGGACUUAAUUGCUUUUUACUUAACAUACCUGCUUAUUAUGGACUUAAUUGAUUUUUGUGUUUUUAUAUUAGAAUCUUCUACGAUGAAUGGAGAUGGCUCUAUGGCUUCUAAUAAUGAAAUAGAUGUUAAUAAUGGUGGUACCAAUAAUCUAGUAGACUGUAACCGUUCAGUGCCAGAACCGGAAGAAGGAAGUUCCACAAUUAAUAAAAAAGUAAUAAUUGUGGAUAGCACUCCAGAUCUGGAAGAAAUACUGGCUUAUUCUGAAGAUAGUGACGAUUCAUUAAAGGAUCCAAACUACGAAGAAGAGAAGGCCCUUAAUGAUUUGGACCAUAGAACAUCUUCCGAGGAAGAUGAGCGACUUAAUACAUCUGGUAAAACUGAAAGCAGAUGGAAAACCAGUCAUCCAGAAACAUGGAAGUAUAAUGUAGCAAAAAAAAGGAGAAGUGACAGCUUGAGUUAUGAAAUAAAAAAACAACAACGACCAGCUAAGCAACCAAAACCAAUAAACUGCCAAACGUGUAGGUACAAGUGCCAUAAUAAGUUUUCUGAUGAAGAAAGAAAAGUACUCUGUCAGAGUUAUUGGAAACUUACCGACUUUCGAAGACAAAAAGAUUUUCUUUUAAAUUGUGUAACUGCCAAAACCCCAGAAAGGCGUAGAUACAGAAACAAUAAUAGACCCCCACGAAAAGAUUCCAAACAAUAUUAUUUUGAGAAAAACAAAGAUAAAUUGAGGGUAUGCCAAGCUUUUUUCCUAAAGACGUUAAAUAUUUCUAAUGAUGUAGUUCUGAAUGCAUUCUCACAUAAAGGACCAGCCGGCACCUACAUUGGAGAAGAUAAAAGAGGAAAAUCUAAACCUGGGAAUAAAACUCCUGACUAUGUUGUAGCUGAUAUAAAAUCACACAUUGAAAGUUUCCCAACGAAUGAGUCCCAUCACACAAGAAAAUCAACAAGAAAGAAAUAUUUAGAUAGUACUCUUUCAAUAUCAAAAAUGUACUCUUUAUAUAAAGAGAAAUGCGAGCAAGAGAAGAAACAAGCUGCCUCGUUCAUUACCUAUAAGCGAAUAUUUGGAAAAUAUUAUAAUUUAUCUUUUUUUAAACCCAAAAAGGAUCUCUGUCAGAUAUGCGAAAAAAAUAAAAGCAAGCCAGUCACAGCAGACCAUCAGCAAGAAAAUUAUGAGAGUUAUCUCAGUCAUCUAAGAAGAAAAGAAGACUGUUAUGCAGAAAAAAAGAAAGAUAAAGAGAGAGCUAUAAGAGAAGAAACAUUUUGCUCGGUAACAUUUGAUUUACAGUCUGUGCUACAAAUUCCCUGUUCAGAUGUUAGUCCAAUGUAUUAUUCGCGAAAAAUUUGUGUUUACAAUCUCACUAUUUAUGAAUCAGCUCCCCCAAAUAAUGCGUUUUGCUUUUGCUGGACGGAGCUGAAUGGGAAACGGGGAAGCUCUGAAAUCGGCUCUUGUCUUUUUGAAUAUUUGAACAAUUUGCCACUUACAAUAAAAGAAGUUUCGCUUUGGUCAGACACGUGCGGAGGACAGAAUAGAAACCAACAUGUGGCAGCGCUAUUGUGUUAUUUAGUAAAUGUGAGCCAUAUAGAAGUGAUUGAACACAAAUUUUUAGAGAGUGGUCAUUCCUAUAUGGAAGCAGAUUCGAUGCACAGUGCAAUAGAACAUGCGAAAAAGUAUAUACCAGUGUAUACCAUUCAAGAUUGGCUGAAUAUCUUCCGUAUAGCAAGAUCCAGAAGGAAUCGCAAUAGACAUAGUGAACCAUACCAUGUCAGAGAACUAAAAUUCAAUGAAUUUUAUGAUUUAAAAGCUUUGUCGGAAUUGCUCAUAAAAAACAGAUCUAAGGACAUUGAGGGGAACACAGUUAAUUGGUUGCUAAUUAAGAGUUUACGUUACUCAAAAAAGCAUGCUGAUAUAAUCGAAUAUAAGUAUGAACAUAGCAGUGAAUAUAAAGUUAUAAAAAUCUGGGGAAGAGGCAGACCACCAGCCCCUCCAAAACAAUUAAAAAAUUUGUAUAGAAACUUGUUACCAAUAAGCACAAAGAAAAAAGAAGAUCUUUUAAAACUGUGCAAAAGUGGUGCAAUUCCUCACGAAUUUCACGGAUGGUACCAGUCUCUUUCCUCUGCAAAAAAUGUUCAAGAUGGAUCUGUGGGAAUUUCUGAUCAAGAAAGCGAUUGUGAUUCCGAUAAUGAGCCUUUGGCUCAUUAUUUGAUCCCAAAAAGUAAAGGAGCCAAUCAAGAAAAACCCACUAACUCCAGUAAAAUUUAAGUUUUUUUUUCAGAAAAAUCCAUUAAGUCAGAUUAUUAUAUAAAAAUGUCAAUAAACAAUUUGUUCUUAAAACCCCUGUAUUUUAAUUUAGUCUAUAUUAGCCCUAAAUAACCCUAAUGUCAAACGAUUUCUUUUAAUACAGUCAAAAAAUAAAAUUGGAUUUUACAUAUCACUUCAAACAUUAAAAUCACUUUUUCUCACCUUUUUAGUUUUUGGACUUACAUGGUUUUCCUUGUACGCCCA